GAUACUCCGCUCAACAGGCGGUGAAACAAGUACCUACCGCAUUACAGUACAGUGCCCUCACUAUUUCGUGCCUCUCACCACUCCUGAAGCUAUUGCGGAUAUACAGCACUGCGUUGAUGGCCUGCUUGCUUGGUUGCUUGCUGUUCUCCCCUCGAUCAUUAUUACUCCGAUUUGGGGGCUCAAUGACAUGCAUGUUCGCGGUGGUGUUCCUGGUACCUGAACGCCGUGCGUGGGUGAGGCGUCACAGCGUGCGAACCGACGAACAGAGGGAGCAAAAACAGCAGAUGGAUGAUUCAGAAUCAGAAUCAGAUCCCGUCGGUUGCGAAAGCGAAUCCACAAAGCCCCCGAUUCUGACUACGACGGUGGCCAACUCGACUCGGAGAGGGCGCAGUGUCGUUAGUGAGUACUUCAGCCUUGCGGCGAUGAUGGCCGAGCAAUCAGCACCGAGCGUUGAGCAUUGAGCAUUACAGAAGUCUUCCAGAAGGCCCAUGGGAGGACGCUGGAGAGCCCGACAGGAUUUCUGUCCCAUUAAUGAUCGACGUCGUCGCGGGUUCCCUCCGAGAUGCUGGAGAUCUUGAUCCAUUGUGCUGGGAAUGAGCAACAGGACGUCUCCCAGCAAGGGUUGGCGAAAAGUUGGCGAGAUCUAUUCGAGGAUGUGAUUG